CCUCCCAUUAAUGUGUGCACGUGCCUGCUUUGUCCAAUAAUGUGUAAACUAGAAUUCCUGCAUAGCCUCAAAUAGGAAUAAUACACAACCCCUUCUUCUGAUGCAGUACAUUUCCUGAAAAAAGGGGACUGUGUUAAUCCAGCUUCCUCUCCACGUCAUUAAAGCAGGUUUAUACUCCUCCUCAAACGUAUUUUUCCACAUAAAACGAAAUCCAGCUGUGGUGCGUCAUGCGCGUCUGGUCUUGCUCCAUCGACUCACAACAAGGGGGAAGCGACGCAAAGAUGUUGUUCUGCCUUUCUGUCUGUUUAGCUCUGCUGUGGACGACUGGGAGUAUGAUGAAUGUUGGAGGCAAGCAGAGCCUUCACACUUUGAACGACAUGUUUGCUGAAGUGGAGGAGCUGAUGGAGGAUACUCAACACUUCCUGGAUGAGGCAGUCGACCAGAUAAGAAGUGAGAGUGCCAAGUCUUUGUCCCAGCACAAUGACACAGAGAAAGCUGCAACCACGACCAUGCAAGUCCUCAAUAAAACUGACGAGGAAAUGACAAACAAGACAGAAUUCUCUCAACUCCAUCUGGAGAUCUAUGGCCAGUGGAACAGUGUCGCUCAUGAAUGUCUGGUGGACGAGGACUGUGGCGAACUGAAGUAUUGUUGGUAUGAGAUGGACAACUCCAAGUGCCUGCCCUGCAUACCAACUGAUAUGCCCUGUACUAAAGACGAGGAGUGCUGCUCAAAACAGACGUGUGUUUGGGGCCAGUGUACAGUCAACGCCACUCAGGGAACAGAAGGAACAAUCUGUCAGGGUCAGAGUGACUGCAGACCGGACCUCUGCUGUGCCUUCCAACGAGAGCUUUUAUUCCCGGUGUGCAACCCCAAACCAGGAAAAGGGGAAUCCUGCCUGAACCAACCCAACCUGUUGAUGGACAUGCUGGCCUGGGAUCAGGAGGGUCCUCGCGACAAUUGCCCCUGUGCCAAUAACCUGCAGUGCCAAAUGAACGGGGGCACUGGAGCCUAUCUCAGCUGCACUCGGGCGGAAGGCAGGGUACACCCUGGACAAGUCGCCACCUCAUCACAGGGCCAACACAGAUAGACAGACAACAUUCACACACUAGGGACCAUUUAGUGUUGCCAAUCAACCUAUCCCCAGGUGCAUGUCUUUGGAGGUGGGAGGAAGCUGGAGUACCCGGAGGGAACCCACGCAGUCACGGGGAGAACAUGCAAACUCCACACAGAAAGAUCCCGAGCUCAGAUUGAACUCAGGACCUUCGUAUUGUGAGGCACACGUACUAACCCCUGUUCCACUGUGCUGCCUUGCUUAAUUUCUGUU